AUAUCAGAAAAUGCAAAUGCAAAUACUCCAAGAUACUGAGUUGUUAUUUUAACAUUUGUAAUAUUAUCGGUUAACUAGCCGGUUUUUUAACGCUAAUGUAGCGUUGGUCGCGCGCGAUAUGUGUGCACGAGGUGUUGUGUGCAAUUCAGUAAUCUGCACCCUUCUGAAUACAAUUAUAAUUUCCGAGGCCGCUUGACAGUACUUCCGCGCUCGCGAUACAACGGUAUGAGAUAAAAACUGGAGAAACUAGGCCAAGCGAAAGGGUAUACUGGCGUCUUAUCAUGAUGCUACCAGGAUUUAAAAAGGAGUCUCCCCUCGCGGCAUCAACGAUUUAAUUACCACGUCUGUCAUUAGCAGUUUUAAGGUCUGAGAUUCGCACGACUUGUGAUCAUAAACGAUUUUGCUUGCUAUUAUACGCUGAUAAAAUGUUAUUAAAUCUGCUGUUGAGACAAAUUAUUGUUCUCAUUAUACUGUGCUAUUCUUCUGCGCAUUCGGAACUAUGGGAAAGUGGUUUGCGCCAAAGAUACGACGGCUACGGAGAGGAUUGGAUAUUCAUGCCUGAUGGUAAUGGACAACCCCAAGUGGCAGUGUUAAAAGUGCAAGAUAGCGAAACGAGAGGCGUAUUGGACGGAUCGGAGAUAGCUUACAUAAUUUAUACUCGAUCCAAUCCGAAAGAAGGCACGCGAGUAACUCUAAAUGAUACCACAAAUUUCGCUGAUUCUAAUUUUAAGCCUUCGCGAAAAACGAAAUUCAUAACGCACGGUUGGAAAUCAAGUGCCAUGAGCGUCGGGCUUUUGAAAAUGAAAGAAGCUUUUCUCACUCACGGCGAUUAUAAUGUUAUCCUCGUGGAUUGGGAACCUUUGGCCGCGAGCACGUUUUAUUUGGGACCGAUGCAAAACACUGUAAGAGUCGGAACUGAUGCUGCUAAUUUCAUAGAUUUUUUAGUGAAAGAGACUGGGUUAAAGACGAAGGACGUUCACUUUAUCGGCCAUUCUCUCGGUGCACACGUGGCGGGAAACGCGGGCGGCGCGACGACUGUUGGGAAGUUGAGUAGAGUAACAGGCUUAGAUCCAGCGUUGCCGGGAUUUCACAUGCUCGCUUCUGAAAAAACUCGAUUGGAUUCUACUGACGCGGUAUUCGUUGACGUCAUACAUUCCUGCGGAGGUGUGUUAGGCUUUCUUCAACCUCUGGGGAAGGCAGACUUCUAUCCGAACGCUGGUACGGCGGUUCAACCUGGGUGUUGCUGCGUUGCCGAAAUAAUGGAGGCUUGCAGUCAUGGAAGAUCAUAUGAAUACUUCACGGAAAGCAUCAAUUCAAAAACGGGCUUCUCAGCGACAAAAUGCGAUAACUGGGACUCAUAUAUGAACGGUAAUUGCGCCAAUUCGCAAGUGGUGUUUAUGGGAGAGCAUGUAGAUCAGACUGCCGAGGGUCUAUUCUUUCUUAGAACGAGAUCGGGUCCACCUUACGCGUACAUUCCGAAAGUAACCGAUAACAAUAUCUAAAUAAAAACGAUAUCGCAU